CGAGAGUGUGCAUUGAUGGGCAAUUAUGAUACCGCACUCUUAUAUUUCGAAGGCAUACUACAAUCUAUUCAUCACCAUGCCAAAUCGCUUGCAGAUGCGGAGCAGUGCAAUAAAUGGAUGGAUACUAAGGAGCAACUUAUGGCAGAAUUCAAGGUUAUCAAAGAUAUUUCUUUAGAGCUAUCCAAAUUCAAGGCAAGAUCGGAUACAUCUGGUGCAAAACCAUUUUCAAUUAUGGAUGAUGGACAGGAAAUAUACGACAAAGAUGUUUGGCCAGCUCCAACUCCAAAUCCAACGCCAUCCAAACGAAUGCUUGCUCAGAAGCAACGUGGAGGUGAGGAAGAUCUGCCAUCAUGGGCUCGAAACCAGUCUAUUACUACACAGCCCAACACACGGCGAGUUGCUCCAGUCAAAUCCAAGCCGGUACUUCAAUCUGUUACCAAGCGAUCUUCAGUACUAAAUAUAAAAGGUCCCAGCACGUCAUCCAAAGGCAAUGCAGCUUCAUCUCCAGUGCAAAGUCGCCCGGCACAAAGAAAGUCUAAAGGAUCUACAUCAAAUUUAAUUGAUCAAGCAGUAGAUACAAAGCGAGGACGAGGGCGGAAGCUUUCCAACAAUUCAAAUCUUGAUAGCGAGGAACUCGCACUUGAUGGUGGCCAAAACGCCAAGCCAGAGUUUGAUGGCACUGGAUAUGACAAGGAGCUGGUCGAGAUGAUAAAACGUGAUAUUUUACAAACUUCACCAAAUGUUCGCUGGACAGAUAUUGCUGGACUUCGCGAGGCAAAAUCAUUGCUAGAGGAAGCUAUUGUACUUCCAUUGUGGAUGCCAGAUUUCUUUCAGGGAAUUCGUCGACCAUGGAAAGGAGUUUUAAUGACAGGACCUCCUGGUACUGGAAAAACGCUUUUGGCAAAAGCAGUUGCUACGGAAUGUGGAACGACGUUUUUCAAUGUUACUGCAAGCAUGUUGACAUCAAAAUGGCGUGGUGAUUCUGAAAAGAUUGUUCGUCUUCUGUUUGAAAUGGCCAGACACUAUGCUCCAAGCACGAUAUUUAUAGAUGAAAUUGACUCUUUGUGUAGUACUAGAGGUGAGGGGUCUGAACAUGAAGCCAGUCGAAGAGUCAAAUCAGAAAUUCUCAUGAAUAUGGAUGGUAUCAGCAGUAUUGCAGGUCGCACAACUCCUGAGGGGUCAGAUGGAAUUGUAAUGGUUCUUGCUGCAACAAAUUUUCCAUGGCAUAUUGAUGAGGCUCUUCGACGACGCCUUGAAAAGCGUAUAUAUAUACCACUUCCCGAUCUGAACAGCAGAAGGGAGUUGCUCAAACUCAGCCUCGAGUCCAUCAAAAUUGCCGACGAUGUAGAUCUUGAAGACCUUGCAAAAAAAAUUGAUGGGUACAGCGGAGCUGAUAUUACAAACAUUUGUCGCGAUGCAAGUAUGAUGAGUAUGAGAAAACGUAUUCGUGGAUUGACUCCUGACCAAAUUAAAAUCAUUCCAAAAGAUGAGUUGGAGUCGCCAGCAACCAAAGAAGAUUUUGAAACUGCGGUGUCGCGGAUUCAAAGCUCAGUAUCACAGUCAGAUCUGAAGCAGUAUGAGAACUGGAUGAAGGAAUUUGGGAGUAUUUGA